UUGUCUUUGUUUUAGAACAAAAUAACGUUUCUGAUUAAUUUAUUCCAAGUAAAGGCCACAAGAAACAUAUGCAGCUCAUGGUUGCGCACCGAAGAAGUUUCGGUGCAAGAUUCCUCCUCCGUUAAAAGAAUAUAAAUAAAGCUUCCGCAAAAUUCUUCCAAUGGAAGCAAACCCAUCAAAAAAUUCGCAAACUUUCUCCGGAAAUCAUCCCGUGAAACCCUCCUCGCACAUCUCCUCGACGGAAUUUGUGUUGGGUCGCCGGAAAAAAAUGGCGGUGGUGGAGAAAAAGAGUGACUUAGAAGCUGGGUUGCUGAAGAAGGAUCAAAACGACACCGGAGAGUGUCGUAUCACCUUUGUCGUGCUCCUCAGUACGCUCGUCGCUGUUGGUGGUUCGUUCUGCUUCGGAUGUGCGGUGGGAUAUUCAUCGGUUGCUCAAUCUGGGAUCAUCAAAGACCUAGACCUCUCUGUUGCAGAAUAUUCUGUGUUUGGCUCAACCAUGACUUUCGGAGGGAUGAUCGGUGCCAUAUUUAGCGGGAAAGUCGCAGAUGUUCUUGGUCGAAGAGGGACAAUGUGGUUUGCUCAAAUUUUCUGCAUUCCGGGUUGGCUUGCAAUAGCAUUUGCCAAGGAUUUUCUGUGGCUAGACUCUGGAAGGCUGUCAAUAGGAAUUGGUGUUGGUCUGUUUAGCUACGUGAUACCUGUGUACAUUGCGGAAAUAACCCCAAAACAUGUCCGAGGGGCAUUUGUGUUUGCGAAUCAGCUGGUGCAGAAUUGUGGCAUUUCGCUUUUCUUCAUCAUCGGAAAUUUCACUCCUUGGCGUAGAUUGGCAUUGAUCAGUUUCAUUCCAUGUGUUUUACAAGUUGUGGGUUUGUUCUUCAUCCCAGAAUCUCCGAGGUGGCUGGGGAAAUGCGGACAAGAAAAAGAAUGCAGAGCUGCAUUGCAGCUUCUCCGAGGACAAGAUGCUGACAUUUCUCAAGAAGCCAAUGCUAUCAAAGAAACCAUGGGCAUGUUCGAACAAGGCCCAAAAUCCCGGAUUACGGACUUGUUUCAGAGAAGAUAUGCUCCAUCGCUCAUUAUUGGUGUGGGACUAAUGCUUCUGCAACAACUAUCUGGCAGCACUGGUAUUACAUACUACGCUAACAGCUUAUUCGAAAGAGGAGGAUUUCCUAGUAGCAUUGGCUCAACUGUUCUUGCCAUAAUCAUGAUACCAAAAGCCUUGAUGGGUCUGAUUUUGGUCGAGAAAAUGGGACGGCGACCACUUCUUAUGAUUUCUGCUGUUGGGAUGUGCCUCUGCGGUUUGCUCCUUAGUGUGUCUUUCUCCUUACGGUCACUUGGCCUUCUGAAUGAGCUAACUCCCAUCUUCACAUGCAUCGGUGUAUUGGGAUCUAUCACCACUUUUGCCAUGGGCAUGGGAGGCUUACCAUGGAUCAUAAUGUCCGAGAUAUUCCCAAUGAACGUCAAGGUUUCCGCCGGGACCCUAGUUACCUUAGCUAACUGGUCCUUCGGAUGGAUCAUUGCAUAUUCAUUCAAUUUCUUGCUUCAAUGGAGUGAAUCAGGGACAUUCUUGAUAUUCUCUGGCUUCUGUGCUGUGGCCAUUGCAUUUGUUUACGCCUUGGUACCUGAAACAAAAGGAAGAACCCUCGAAGAGAUUCAAGCAUCUCUUGCAGACUUUCUGCAAUGACUACAUACUAUUAACCCGAAAAUGGGUUUUCGAUUUUUUUUUUUUUUGGGUUAUUGUUUGCACAUUUGAUGCAAGAAGGAAGGGUUCACAAUGCAUUAGAGGGUCCAAAGCUGCCUCUCUGCAACUGCAAGUGCUCUUGUAUCAUCACCUGUUAGCUCCUUUGUAUAUAGUGCAACAGUUCUUUUGGUUAGCAAGUGAAUCAUGUAAUUAUUUUUUUAUGAUAUUUUUUAAUGAAAAAAUAUAUCAGAAAAGAAAA